AUGAUACCACUUUUCUGUCCAUCGGUCGUCCUGAUCCUCCGCGUGCUCGACUAUCCGGACCUUCUUCGUCGCCUGUUCGGUAGACUUUUCCCCAUCGCCUGGCGGCGGACCUUUCCCGUCGCCUGCUCUGCAGUCUCACUCCCGGCAGGCGCGCCCUGCCAUCGCGGCCAUCAGGCCGUCCCAGUCCAGCCGCCCCGCCGCCCGCUGUGCCACCAGCGUCCCGUGCCAGCGCCGGUGCGCGUCCUUGAGGCCGGCCAGGGCCACCCACACGGCAAACCCGUCGCCCGGGUCGGCGCCCAGCCGCGCCAGCCGCCGCCGCGUGUCCAUCAGCAGGUGUUGGUACGCGGCCAGGCUGUCGCAGGCGGCGCGGCCGGCCGUGCCGAAGCGGGCGACGAGGGCCGCGACGUGUCCUGUCCGGCACGCGCGGCGGGCCAUGCAGGCGACGGCGGCGUCGUAGUGGUGGCGGGGAUUUUUUGA